AUGGACAAGCCGGCUUUCGUACUGCUCGAUCUACGAUUGGACGGGUGUUCAUUUUUAGGAAGCUACGCAGUUAGCCUUGCCGCAGUUCGAACACUGGCUGGAUUUACUUCAUCGUUCGAAGUGGAAAUUGGAGUAAGACAAAGAGCUCUCGCGGGACCUUUCUUGAUCAACUUUGCCAACGAUGAUAUCAUGGAAAGAGCAGUCGAGCAAUGUCUUGCCGAUGUCGUUGCAGCAUCAUCUGCACGUCCCUUGGUCGAUAUCAAGUACACCGGCAGUGGAGUGAUAUUCGUUCAAGCAGCGCGAAGUUGCAACAUGUCGUCGACCCUCUAUAGAAAUUAG